CAGAAUUAGAAUUCAAAUUCCUUUUCUUUUCCGCUUCCAAUUGCAAUCACCUUAUUGUAAAAUGGACUAAAAAUUUAAAAUUAUAUUAAGGGUUUUAUGGAAUUAACAAUCGUUAUUUUAGUCACGGUAAAAGUGACCUAUGCCGAAGAGCUGAGGGAGUACCUUGGCCUGUGUGCAGUAUCGAUUUGGUCAGCCCUGCACACAAGGAUCGUCGAAGAGCUGAGUUCUGUUGAUUUGUCAGGAUUUAGGAAUUGCAACACCUCAAUCAGCGCCACACAGAGUAGAAGCAAAAUUAGGGAAGUUGAGAUUGAGAAACGAUUCUUUAGACCUCCAAUCCAGAAACAAUCGCAACUCAUCGUAAUUCGCUUCGGUGCUUCUUCGGAUAAUCGGCUACUUCAUUCAACUAUUGAAAUUUGA